AUGGCCAAUGAUUACAUCGGAUACCUUUCGGCCAACGUGCUGAACGAUGGACAGACUGUCAGCUACCGCACCUUGAGUCGAGCACUUCGAGUCCACAGCAACCUUGCCAAACAGAUGCUCUACGACUUCCAUCGCUCCCAGAACAACAAGCAGCCCAAUUCGUUACACGCCACAUAUCUCAUCACCGGAACUCAAUCUCUUCGACCACAACAAGCCGAAAACGAUACCCUCGAGAGCCAAGAUGCAUCAGACAAGACUCUACACACCAGUCCUGCUCAUCAAAGCCCCACCGCUUACCAAGCUACAUCGUUGCUUCUGGUAGGCGAGGACAAUCUUGAAAGCGCCAGAUCUACUUUCGACCACGUCUUGUCAAUACACGUCUACAGCAUUCAGCCCAGCAAGAUCAAUGACCUGCAUAUCUUGACCGACUGCAAUCGAGCCAUCAUGGCUGCAGCGAUCAAUGAAGACCUGCUCGAAACGUACAAGCAAUAUGGUGUCAUUCAGAACCCUCAAGUAAAGCGUCGCUCUAUGCGCAAUCAGCAUCACCAGAAACAACCCCCGGCACAAAAGGCCACACUUUCGAAUACCGACACAAAGGCAGCCAAGUCCAUGUUUUCUUCCAGCAGACCUGCCGCCAAGAAAGACGUCUCGAAGGACACUACAAAUUCGGCCAAAUCUACUCCCGAUUCAUCACAGGCAUCGACUCAAGCUUCUGCCAAAUCUGCUGCUACGAAGACUGCACCUCUCAAACGUGAAGGAUCGAGCUUGUUCAAAGCAUUCGCUAAAGCCAAGCCGAAGACUCUAAGCCAGGCGACUGAGAGCUCCGCCGAACCUUCACCUGGUCUAGAUUCGGCCGCGAAGGAGGAUGAAGCCAUGCACGAGUUGUCCGAUGAAGAGGCUGACGAUGAAGACGCUGCUAUGCUCGAUGAAGGCGCAAUUACCGAGGCUGGAGGUAAAUCAAAGAAAGAAAGAGAGGAUGAACUUCGCCGUAUGAUGGACAUGGAGGACGAACCAAUGACCGAUGCACCGACCAAGGCUGCUCCAGCAGAAGCCCCAGAAAGUGCGGAGGACGAACCUGAUUCCAAGCCAGAAGCACAGACGAAAGAAGAACCUGAAGAAACUGUCACCGUAUCCGAUGGUCGCCGCAGGGGCAAGAGAAGAGUGAUGAAGAAGAAGACGGUCCAGGACGAAGAGGGCUAUCUUGUGACGCGAGAAGAAGCCGCUUGGGAGUCCUUCUCAGAAGAAGAGCCUGCGCCCAAGAAGGCAAAGGUAUCGGUCGCGCCCACCACCGCAAAGACCAAGAAGGCUGCUCCAAAGGGUCAAGGAAACAUAAUGUCUUUCUUCUCCAAGAAAUGA